AUGAAGUGCUGCUGGCAUGGAAAUCCGUCCACUGUCAACAAACAAGCUCGUCCAAGGCUGCCUCCUGUCAAUCUGGAUUGUCCUGAAUGUCGAGUCUGUUGGACGCCCUGCAGCGCCGGAGUCGGGCUCUUCUUCUUCUCUGGAAAGGCCUUUUCCGCUGAGACUGUGGCUAAGCCAAGGCCACGGAGGCCGGGGAAGGUGGAGCCUCCGGGGGAAGGAAGGCAGGCAGGCAGGCAGGCAUCCAGGUGGAGGUGCGGCCGGGGGAGGGCUCUCUGGGGCCGGCGAGAGGAGGAGGAAGCGAGCCCAGCGCCACCACACUUCCUGGAGCCGUGCGCCCUUGGAGCGCCUCUCGCCGGCGCCUUCCUCAGGUGGGUCCACGCGGGAAUAGAGGUCUUGAGGGACGCGGGAGGGCCGAACCCGUGGAUCCGGCGACAAGGAGCCAAGAGUUGUAAUGUGAGCAGAACCCGGGGCUCAGGAAAGAUGAAUGAUUCCACCUACAUCAACCAGUCCUCUCCUCCCGCAGGAGAACUACUGGCCACCAGCAUGGUUCCUAGUACCACCUUGGAGUUAGGUGUCCACCCAAUGCUGACCGGCCACUUCAUUGUGGCUGAUGGCUCCCAACUCCGAACGGGACAGAAUGCCUCUCAGGACAACCAGCACCUCUUUUUGACCACUUCAACAGCCAAGGCUGUCUCCGGUCUCUUUGUGUGGGCUGCACUCUUCAUCACGUUCCACCAGAUAUUCUUGCACUUGAAAAACUACACCGUCCCCAAUGAGCAGCGCUACAUCAUCCGCAUCCUCUUCAUUGUGCCCAUUUAUGCCUUUGACUCUUGGCUUAGCCUUUUGAUGAUCGGCAGCCACCAAUACUAUGUUUACUUCGAUUCUGUCCGUGACUGCUACGAAGCAUUUGUGAUCUACAGCUUCCUAAGCCUUUGCUUCGAGUAUCUUGGAGGGGAGAGCACCAUUAUGGCGGAGAUCCGAGGGAAGCCUAUCGUGUCCAGUUGUACCUAUGGCACGUGCUGUUUGCAAGGGAUGUCCUAUUCAAUCGGGUUCCUCAGGUUUUGCAAGCAGGCCACACUCCAGUUCUGCAUUGUGAAACCUCUCAUGGCUCUCAUCACCAUCAUCUUGCAAGCUUUUGGGAAAUAUAACGAUGGAGAUUUCAAUGUCCACAGCGGCUACCUCUACAUCACCAUCAUCUACAACUUUUCCGUCAGCCUGGCCCUCUACGCCCUCUUCCUCUUCUACUUCGCCACCAUGGACCUCUUGCGCCCCUUUGAGCCUGUCCUCAAGUUCCUCACUAUCAAAGCUGUGAUCUUCCUCUCCUUCUGGCAAGGGAUGCUGCUGGCAAUCCUGGAGAAAUGUGGGGUGAUCCCGGAGGUCCAGAUCAUUGACGGCAAGGCGGUGGGAGCUGGGACUGUUGCUGCCGGUUAUCAGAAUUUCAUCAUAUGCAUCGAGAUGCUCUUUGCUUCCAUCGCCCUCCGAUAUGCGUUUACCUGCCAGGUCUACCGAGAGAAAAAGGAAAGCGCAACAGCCGUCCUUGCUCCAAUGCAGAGCAUCUCCAGCGGACUGAAGGAGACCAUGAGUCCUCAAGAUAUAGUCCAAGACGCCAUACAUAACUUCUCCCCAGCCUACCAGCAAUAUACACAGCAGUCCAUGCAGGACGGGAGGGAAUGUGGACAGAACGGGCACGUGGAACCCAAAGUAGAUGCCCCACAUGGCAGGAAGAGCAAAAACAUUGAGAAACGGGUGUUGAUCCUAUCCGACGAUGAUAUAUAAAAUGUAUCUGGAGGAGAAACGGAACUAAGGGCUUCUUGGAAAACCUCCUUCAUCCUGGCAGCUGUGAACUGAAUUGGACCAUGCUGGGUGGACCAGUUAAUGGAGAAGCUGAGAUGUCCCUCAAAUAUGUGGGCAAUAGGUUGCAGCCUCAAGGAAGACUGGAAGCAUGAAUGCUGUUUUCUCAGAUGUGUAAAGGUUUGCUCUUUUUUGGUCUUCAUACGACAUCUGUCGCUACUCAAAUCACUUUCCUCCUGUUUUGGGAAUGAGCAAAUGAGGACACACCAAGUUCUAGGAAGUCCUGUGAGAUUGCUUUUAAAAAUGCUCUUGGCCUCAUGCCUGAAGGUAGAAUUUCCCAACAUGAUUUAGUUCAGAAAUUCAAGGUUCAAACUGUCAUUCGGAACAAUGAGUUACAUAUAGCAUAAUUAUAUGUAGGAAGAUUUACAAAAAUCAUCCAAGGAUGGCAUGAAGUUUCAUUUCUAAAGUAAUGCAACAGUUGGGAUGGAUAUAUUAGUAUAAGAAAGGUUUUCUAGUUGCUUUUAAAAUGUUGUUUUGGGGUCAUUUGUAGAAAAAUGUUGAUACACUUUCAGCCUUUGUGACAAUCACUUGCCAAUUUUAUCCAGUGAUGGAAUGGCAACAAGGCACUCAGGGAGUUAUUUGGCAGUGAAUCCCUUUUAAAGCACUAUAACAGGUCAUGACCAUCAAAAUAGUUUAUUGUAUGAGCCCAAGACAGUGACAAAAAGCACCACAUGCACACAACAGUACCCUCGAAGCAACAUACGAGGGUUGAAUGAAAAGUAAUGCCUCCUCCACCUUCAUAACUCCUCAACAGAUGGCAGUACUGGUAUGUGGCAGGUACUGGCUUGUUCAGUAGACUCUCCUCUACGGUUCCAUUUUGGUGGGAAGCCUUAGCAUUGAAUGGUUGUGUUGUUAAAGUGCGAAGUAUGGAACCCCGCACAGACGAUCGGUCAAUGCAACUUAAGCAAUGUGCAGUCAUUGAAUUCUUGACAGCAGAAGGUAUCACCCCAAAGGAGAUUCAUCAGGGAAUGCAAGCUGUUUAUGGUGAUUGUGUUGAUGUGAGUACUGUGCGUCAUUGGGCGAGUAAGUUUAAAGAUGUUGAGGUGGGAACAUCUGACUUGCGUGGCAAAGAGUUGGACGUCCUGUGACAGCAACCACUGAGUUACACAAGCAAAAGGUUGAGAUUGAUUCAGGACGAUCGUCAUAUCACUCAGAGAGAAAUUUCAAGGAUAAUCGGCAUUUCACAAGAAAGUGUGAGCCACGUUAUUGCUUUGUUUGGCUAUCAGAAGAUCUGUGCACGAUGGGUACCCAGGAUGAGAGAACUGGGAGACGCUGGUUGCGGAAACAGAAUGUUGACUUCUUCUGUGAUGGCUUCAGAAAACUUGUUCAUCGUUGGCAGAAAGGUAUCCAAUUGUCUGGUGAUUAUGUGGAAAAGUGAAUAGUGGUAGUUAAAGGGCACAUUCUAAGGAUUAUUUCUGCAUUUGGUUUAUUAAAAUAUUCCCAUUCAACCCAAGUAACAAAGGUGGAGGCAUUACUUUUCAUUCAACCCUGGUAGAAUCACAGAGUUGGAAGAAUCACUUGUGAGCCAUCCAGUCCAACCCCAUUCUGCCAAGAAGCAGGAAAAUCGCAUUCAAAUCACCCCCAACAGAUGGCCAUCCAGCCUCUGUUUAAAAGCCUCCAAAGGAGCCUCCACCACAUUCCGGGGCAGAGAGUUCCACUACUGAACAGCUCUCACAGUCUGGAAGUUCUUCCUUAUAUUCGGGUGGAAUCUCCUUUCUUUCCUGUAAUUUGAAGAAAUUGCUCCAUUGCGUCCUAGUCUCCGAAGCAGCAGAAAACAAGCCUGCUCCUUCCUCCCUACGACUUCACAUCUUGAUAUAUGGCUCUCAUCAUGUCUCCUCUCGGCCUUCUCUUCUGCAAGCUAAACAUGCCCAGCUCUUGUUCCAUUGCGUCCUAGUCUCCGGGGCAGCAAAAAAUAAGCCUGCUUCCUCCUCCCUAUGACUUCCCCUCACAUCUUGAUAUAUGGCUCUCAUCAUGUCUCCUCUUGGCCUUCUCUUUUGCAAGCUAAACAUGCUCAGCUCUUUAAGCCGCUCCUCAUGGGGCUUGUUCUCCAGACCCUUGAUCCUUUGAGUUAUCCUCCUCUGGACACAUUCCAGCUUGUAAACAAGCUAAACAGGCACCAAAGAUGCUAAACAGAAACCAUAAUCAUGCUCCCACAAAAAGCAAAAAUAAUGCAAGUUAAUAAUAAUUGAAGUACAUUUUGGGAGAGGGUCCAGUUAACCCUUAGUUUCCUUGGCAGCUGAUAGCAAUUUUAUCUAACUCUGUCUUUCAGAUAGAGCAAAAAGGGCUACUACAUAGUCAUUUAUGUUGCUCAGCAGAAGCUUCACUUAAGCAGCUGAGGGGAAAAAAAGAAAGGGCCCGAGGCUAUUAGGAAUUAUGGGAGUUGGAGUCCAAAACACCUGGAGGGCCCAAGUUUGCUCAUGCCUGGUCUAGAGGAACUGAUGUCUACACAGUCUGGAGAGCAGAGGCCACGUCAGUGUUUGGUAGCAUCUGUAUUAGGAGCACUAAAAGAUUGCAAAGUAUGAGUGAAUUUUCCAGAAUUCUUCAGCAAAGUGGUUCUCUAACUUUGCUGAAGAAUUCUGGGGAAGAAGUACAAAUCCAGAAAUCUGUUAUGCUGGUCAUUGCAUGUCUCUAACCUUGGCAAGCCUGGAAAAAUUCUGCUGUAAUGGAUAAAAUGCACAAGGGGGUUAGUUUCAGGGUUUUUUUAAAAAAAUAAUCUUUCUCUGAGAAUGAGUCUGUUUGCUUGUUUGUCCUGGACGAUAUAACUCUACAUAUAACACUUUCUGCUCUUGAUGCUCCUUCUAGCAAGAGGUGAUUGAUGGGCGUCUGCGUGUAAACUUGUAAAUAUGGAAUUAUUUAUAAAUACUUUUCUAAUAAAAUAAAUAAAAAUCCUA